AUGAUCCGCGCCAGCCAUCCGGCGCCGCUGGGCGUUGCGCCAGAACGUGCGGGCACCGAAGCAUCGUCAACUCGACUCCUGCCACAACCGAAGCAGUCAGGGUCAUGGUCAUCCGAAUCGUCUCCUAAUGCACUCGAUUCCGAGUCACCCGCGCCCUAUACCUCCUUCUCGAGCUCUGAUAGCGAUGAUCCGCUGCCUGGUCGGGCCAACGAAACCGACGAAGAUGUCGCCGGCGAUGUGGUCGGUGUUAGUAUCGGCCGCGCGCAAAGUCGCAUGAAAGCCCGCGCCACCCCGGCUGAAGAGAAGAACCGAGUACUAGAGCAACAGGGUGGCUAUUUCACCAAUGUGCCUGAAGAGCCCGCGAGGAACAGUGGUCUGUUUGUAUCGGAGCUUACGGCAGAGCCGGACACGGUGGAGCCGGAGUCUCAGGCAGCGAGGGCCCAAAAGACGCCUCGCAGCACGCCGGUAAUGCAUCCCGCCACACAAUCCGUGCCGGUGGAGCACCGCGCGCCGUCCGGUCCCCACAAAGACCAAUAUACUGCGUCAUCCGCCGCGUUGCCCGAAACUAAAGAUACCAAUGCAUCAAGUCAACGAUCCAGCUUUACUCGAUCGCUGCUGAAGACCUCAUUGCCGCGCCGGCCGCGGGCCUGGUCGGGUGAGCUGAAGAAAUUUCUCCCAGACUUGGGAUCAUUGACGAAGCGGCCUUCUCUGUCGUUUCGCUCGAACAAUGAACCCAACCGAGCCCGCGGCCAGACGAUAGGAACCAGCGUCAAACGAUCUCCGAGGUUUGAGUCGACACCUUCGUUUCGAGAUUGGUCAGCCUCACUAUCCCCCAACCCCCGGUCGGCGCCAUUGGUCUGCAAUGUCAGCCACGAUGAAGAAGAUGGGGAUGACGCUCGCCCUAUCUCUGAAUUGCAGACCCUUGAUGGAAGCUCCGCGGUGAAAUAUUCGUUCACAAGACGACCUAGCACAGCUCUGGCAAGACCACCGAGUCUGCGAAGAUCCUCGUCCGAUCAGUCGCUGUACUUGCGCCCAUCGUCAACAGCCUCGUCGCUGGAGCAGCGACCGCGGUAUGAGAAUAUCCACUCUCAGGUUAACAGUCGGUUCAAGGCGAUCAAAGAUAGCUUGCAAGAUUCAAGCAGUCGGCUCCUUAGUAUGCCCACGUUACACUUGCAAGACAUCCGCCCGGAUUGGACCUCCCCGACGUAUCCGAACUCUGCGUCCACUUCUACGGCUGAAAGAAGUUUCAAUAAAGCAGCCACAGAGCAUGCAAUGCCUCCGCCUCCUCCACGGUACAAUUCUCAGUCCAUUCACCCUAUCUUGGAAGAGGCGAUGUCUGAAUUAACCGGUGAUGUUGUAAUUCUGGGCGGAUACCGAGGCUCGAUUCUUCGCUCCGCAAAGCCACCGCACCGGCAACUCUGGGUGCCGAUGAAAGUGGGACUCAAUCUCCGAAAAGUUGAUCUAGAAGUUGGAUUGACCCGGGAGGAUGAGGAACGUAUGGAAGAGACGAUCAUCCCUUCCGGAGUAUUGUCUCAUGUUGGGCCUGUCGAUGUAUGCCGACGACUGAUGAAGCGGCUGCGGAAAUGCGAGAAUGCCGUCCGUGGUGAUCUCCGGGUUUGGGAUUACGGAUAUGACUGGCGUCUAAGCCCUGAGCUGCUGUCCCAGCGGCUCAUCGCUUUCCUCGAACGCCUGCCCUGUAACCGAUCACCAGCCGAGGGCGAACCUCGGAACCCUCGGCGCGGGGCGACAGUUAUCGCGCACAGUCUCGGCGGCCUCAUCACCCGGCAUGCCGUGAACCAACGGCCCGAUCUCUUCGCCGGUGUGGUCUACGCGGGCGUUCCGCAACACUGUGUCAACAUCCUCGGUCCGCUACGGAACGGUGAUGACGUCCUACUCAGCUCACGCGUAUUGACUGCGCAGGUCAAUUUCACUUUCCGUACCAGCUUCGCCCUCCUCCCAGAAGACGGCCACUGCUUCAUUGACAAGCAAACCAAAGAGGAAUACCGCGUGGACUUCUUCAAUGCCAGCACUUGGGACGAAUACCACCUUACUCCUUGCAUCAAUCCCGCUCUCCCGUCACCUACCGCAACCCGAGGCUUCAAGGACCUGGCUGCGAUCGGGAAGCGCUUUUCGCUAGGCCCUCAAUCCAGCACGACCGACCUCCAGGUCCAAGAUCUCUCAGAUUCGCGCGACCCCGACACGCCCUCUACCACUACCACCACAGAUGAGGACUCUUCGCCUAACGGCUCCCGCCGCACAAUUCGGCAGAUCUCAACCCCCAACCCAGCCCACAUCGCCGCCUCCGCUGGCGACAAGCUGAACGACACUAUCACCCCGCAAGUGGACGGCCUCGUCGGCCCCGUCACCAACCCACGAGGUCGCUCCGUGCCCUCAAAGAUCUCCACCGCCAGCACGAUCCCCCACGCCGCCGCCGUCGAGUACCUACAGCGCACGCUCGCCGAAGUGAAGCGCUUCAAGGCCGAGUUGAACUUUCAGCCUGGUCUUCAGGCUGAAAACAAGUACCCGCCCGCCGCCGUGCUGUACGGCAAGAGCGUGCCGACAGUUUACGGCGCACGCGUCGUCUCACGCGACGCGAUCAAGCAACAGGACGCGUACGAUGACCUAGCAUUUGCCGCCGGCGACGGUGUAUGCCUCGCUUCGGCAGCCAUGUUGCCGCCAGGGUAUCGGAUUAUCAAGGAUGGGCUGGUUAAGAGUGAUCGUGGGCAUGUCGGGCUGCUGGGUGAUCUGGAGGGCGUGGGACAGUGUCUCCGGGCGAUUAUCCGGGGCCGGAAGGAGGGUGUUGGCAUGGAAAACCAGGAGUAG